UUAGGUCCAUUGGUAGUUCAUAUCUUCAUUCUUGCUUAGAACAAUGGUGUUCCAUUUCCCAUACAUCUUUCUAGCUUUCUUCACUACUUUGGUGUUUGCAGUAAGCCAUGGCACGAAGUACUACUCUCCGGAGCUUUACUGGAAGACUGUCCUACCAAACACACCAAUGCCGAAAGCUGUGUCUGAUCUUCUGAUACACAAUCCAAAGGCUGCUCACAACAGGGCCAAGCCUCCACCAUUGCCACCAUUGCCACCAUACAAGCCUGCACAGCUACCUGCGAUCACUCUACCACCAAUCCUUGUUUUGACCACUUAUGCAGUGUCCAGUGAGACUAAGCUACUCCAUCAAAACCCUAAUCCAAACGUGGCUCUCUUCUUCUUGGAGAAAGACAUUCAACCUGGCACAAAACUACUCGACUUGGACUUCAUCAAGAGCUCUAACAAAGCAGCCACCUUCUUGCCCCGCCAACAAGCUCAAUCAAUCCCUUUCUCGUCCAAGAAAGUGCCUGAAAUUCUGAACCAACUUUCGGUGAAACCGCACUCGGCUGAGGCUGCGAUGGUGAAGCAAACAAUCGAGGAGUGUGAAGCUCGGUCGAGCAUCAGAGGUGAGGAGAAGUACUGUGCCACUUCACUUGAGUCGAUGAUCGACUUCACCACUUCCAAGCUUGGAAAAAACUUACAAGCAAUCUCUACACAAGUGGAGAAUGAUCAUUCUGCCAUGCACAACUGCACCAUAACACAAGUUGAAAAGAAGAGAAACUCAGCAGGAAGUGGUGUCAGAACUGUUGCUUGUCACAAGCAAAACUAUCCAUUUGCAGUGUUCUAUUGCCACACAACACAAGCCACAGAGACUUAUGUGGUGAGCUUAGUAGGUGGUGAUGAUGAUGGCACCAAAGCUGAGGCAGUGGUUGCUUGUCAUAAAGAUACCUCUCAAUGGAACCCUAACCACUUGGCCUUUCAAAUGCUUAAGGUUAAACCAGGAACUGUUCCAAUCUGUCAUUUCCUUCCUGAGGAUCAUAUUGUCUGGAUUCAAAACUAGAAAAACUUAUAUAUAUGCAUGUAUUAAUUAGUGUGUGUAUGAAGUCUUUUAUAUAUAUAUAUAUAUAUAUUCAGUCUUGUACUAUAUAUGUUUUCUAUUAAUAAGAAGGGCAUCAUCAUGUGGUUCCAUUGUUAUAUAUGA